GCGCCCAGCAACCUGGUCACGUGAGCCGCUCAGGGCCUGCCGCCGCUUCCCCCAGUCAGAGCGGAGCGAUCCGAGGCAGAGACGAAGAAACAAGAUGGCGGCCGGUGGCGAUCCGGAGCGGGACGCCGGCGUUUCGGAUUGAGCCCUCGGCCCUCGCAACUCGGCGGCGCCCCUCCCUGGCCCAGAACUCUUACCGCGGGGAGGAGCUCCCCGGCAGCCGCCCGCCCGGAACCCGAGUGCCCUCGCCAGCCUCUCCCCACCCCUCGCUCCUUCUCCCCCCCUCGGCCAGCGCCCAGCGAUGCGGGGCCGGCGAGGCAGGCCGCCCAAGCACCAGCAGCCUGCGGCGGCCCCGGCUCGGGCGAGCACCCCGGCUCCACCCGCCCCACCGGGCCCCAUCGGGGGACUGAGGUCCCGCCUGCGGGGCAGCAGCCGGGGCAGGUGGGCGGCCUCGGCGGCCCAGGCGGCUGUGGCUGUAGGGCCCAGGCCGAGGGGGGUCGGGGCUGCCCAGGCCUCCUCUUCCUCCUCCAUCUCCGUCUCCCCUAGGGGGGGUGGCAGGAGGAAGGGAGGCGGUGGCGGCAGCAGCAGCAGCACCCCUGGUGGGGGAGGCAGUAGCGGUAGGGGCAGAGGCAGAGCUGGCGCAGCAGCGGCGGGGGGAGGCGGCGGCGGCAGCAGCCGGAGCAGCAGCGGCAGCCAAAGCAGGGCUGCUGCCGCUGCCUCUUCCAGGAGGAGCAACAGCAGCAAAGUGGUCUACGAUGAUCAUGAGAGUGAGGAGGAGGAGGAGGACGAGAGCGUGGUGUCCGACGAAGAGGAGGAAGGAGAGCCGGAGGAGAAGCAGGACUCCGAGGAAGAGGAGGUGGUCAUGGAAGAGGAGGACGACGACGACGACGACUCUGAUUACCCCGAAGAGAUGGAGGACGAGGACGAUGCCAGCUAUUGCACUGAGAGCAGCUUCAGGAGCCACAGCACCUACAGCAGCACCCCGGGUAGAAGAAGACAAAGAGUGCAUCGUCCACGUUCUCCAAUAUUGGAAGAAAAAGACAUCCCUUCUCUUGACUUACCCAAAUCCUCAGAGGACUUAAUGGUGCCUAAAGAGCAUAUAAUGAAUGUUAUUGCCAUCUAUGAGGUACUGCGGAACUUUGGCACUGUCUUACGCUUGUCCCCUUUUCGUUUUGAGGACUUCUGUGCUGCUCUAGUAAGUCAGGAGCAGUGUACACUUAUGGCAGAGAUGCAUGUAGUGCUUUUAAAAGCUGUUUUACGUGAAGAAGACACUUCAAAUACUACCUUUGGACCUGCUGACCUCAAAGAUAGCGUUAAUUCCACAUUGUAUUUCAUAGAUGGGAUGACAUGGCCCGAGGUUCUGCGGGUUUAUUGUGAGAGUGACAAGGAAUAUCAUCAUGUUCUUCCUUUUCAAGAGGCAGAGGACUAUCCUUAUGGACCAGUUGAGAAUAAAAUUGAAGUUCUGCAGUUUUUAGUGGAUCAAUUUCUUACAACAAACAUUGCACGUGAGGAAUUAAUGUCAGAAGGUGUUAUACAGUAUGAUGACCAUUGUAGAGUUUGUCACAAACUGGGGGAUUUGCUUUGCUGUGAAACUUGCUCAGCUGUGUACCACUUAGAGUGUGUGAAGCCACCUCUUGAAGAGGUACCUGAAGAUGAAUGGCAGUGUGAAGUUUGUGUAGCACAUAAGGUGCCUGGUGUAACGGACUGUAUUGCUGAAAUCCAAAAAAAUAAACCAUACAUUCGACAUGAACCUAUUGGAUAUGACAGAAACAGGCGGAAAUACUGGUUUCUGAACAGGAGGAUUGUUAUAGAGGAAGAUUCAGAGUGUGAAAAAGAGAAGAAAAUCUGGUACUAUAGCACAAAAGUCCAGCUGGCAGAAUUAAUUGAAUGCCUUGACAAAGAUUACUGGGAAGGUGAUCUCUGCAAAACUCUGGAAGAAAUGUGUGAAGAAAUUCAUCGGCACAUGGAUGUAACAGAAGAUCUUACCAAUAAAGCACGGGGUAGCAACAAAUCUUUUCUUGCUGCAGCAAAUGAAGAAAUUCUGGAAGCAGUCAGAGCCAGAAAGGGGGAAAUACCGGAGGAUAAAAGCUCAGUAGCUGAUGAAACGGAAAAGGAAAAAGCUAGUGUUGAGAAUAAAGACAGCACAGAAACUGAUAGUAGCAAAGAGGAACUUUCAAACCAACAGCUGGAUAUAAACAAAGAAACGCUGCAAGAGGAAAGUUCUGAAAAAGGAAGAAAGGAAGAGCCAACAGACAUUGGGGAUAAAAGCAACUCCGUGACAUCACCUAUUGGAAGCAACAUCACAGAUCCUCCUGCAGGAGAGGCUAAUAUCUCUGAAGGAAAGAAUGCAGUGGGAAGUGAGUCAGAAAUCCUUGAUGAUAAUGAGGCAGACAAGAAGUUGGUGACAUCAGAGUCCCUCAAGGAUGUCUCAGAUGAAACAACUAAGACAGUUCCUAGCCAGAGCAUUGGUUCAUCUGCUGAAGGACUCUCAUCUGAUCCAGAAAACAGCAGUAGCAAUGAACUAAAUUAUAUGCAGAGUGAAUCUGUGAAGACUUCUGAUGAAGGGGAUAAUAUUGAAGGAGGAUCCCAGAGCUCGGACGAGCUAGGGGAGAAAUCUAAUGGUGAAAGAAGUGAAUCUCCAAAUACUGGAAGAGGCACCCCGGGUUCAACACGAAUGGUCACCAGAUUACGAAAUCCAGAUAGCAAGCUUAGCCAGUUGAAAAGCCAGCAAGUUGCUGCUGCUGCACAUGAAGCAAAUAAGCUAUUUAAAGAAGGAAAAGAGGUCCUUGUGGUUAAUUCCCAAGGGGAAAUCUCCCGAUUGAACACCAAGAAAGAAAUAGUGAUGAAAGGAAACAUCAGCAAUUAUUUCAAACUAGGCCAAGAAGGGAAAUAUCGUGUCUACCAUAAUCAAUAUGCCACUAACUCUUUUGCUUUGAACAAACAUCAACAUCGGGAAGAUCAUGACAAGAGGCGACACCUGUCUCACAAAUUUUGUCUGAGUCCUGCUGGAGAGUUCAAAUGGAAUGGUUCUGUCCAUGGGUCGAAGGUUCUUACAAUAUCCACUCUGAGGCUAACAAUUAUUCAACUGGAGAGCAACAUCCCAUCCUCAUUCCUUCACCCCAACUGGGCUUCGCACAGGUCUAAUUGGAUCAAAGCUGUCCAGAUGUGUAGCAAACCUAGAGAAUUUGCAUUGGCUUUAGCUAUAUUAGAAUGUGCAAUUAAGCCAGUUGUCAUGCUGCCAAUCUGGAGGGAGUCCUUGGGGCACACCAGGUUACGUAGAAUGACAGCUAUUGAAAGAGAAGAAAAGGAAAAGGUGAAAAAAAAAGAAAGAAAACAAGAGGAGGAAGAAACCAUGCAGCAAGCAACAUGGGUUAAAUAUACAUUUCCCAUCAAGCACCAGGUGUGGAAGCAAAAAGGAGAAGAAUAUAGAGUAACAGGAUAUGGUGGAUGGAUUUGGAUCAGUAAAACCCAUGUUCACAGAUUUGUGCCUAGAUUGCCAGGAAAUACAAAUGUCACUUACAGAAAAUUGCUACCAGCAAAAAAUGAUACUGCUGCCAUCCCAGAAAAACAGCGUGAACUGGAUAAAAGAAAAAAUCCUGCAAAAGUAAAAACAGAGCAUGUUUCUUUGAAAGAAAAAAUAAAAAAUUUCCGUGAGCCCCACAAGAAGGACCAAAAAGAAACUGAAAAUUCCGAGACCACAAAGAGAGGCCGAACCAAGGCAGAAAAUGAACUGCAGGAAGAAAAAGCUGAAAUUAACGAACAGCUGGAAACAUCAGAUCAUGCAAAAGAAGAGAAGAAAGAAAUUGGUGAAAAUGAUAGAGACUUCAAGGAAGAACCUAUGGAGGUUGAAGAAGUGAAAGUGGAUACCUCCACAAAACGCGAAGAAAUCCCAAUUAAUGUGGAUUUAAUCAAUGUUAGUGAGAGUUUUCACUUAAGGACAUUUUACAAAAGAAAAGUAAAAACCUCAAAACUAGAUGGCCUGCUUGAAAGAAGAGUAAAACAGUUUACACUGGAAGAAAAGCAGCGACUAGAAAGAAUAAAGCUUAAAGCUAAUGCUAACUCUUCAGGUUGUAAAUCAUUGAGUCCACAGGAAAAUGAGGAUCACUUACAGAUAGCUAAUGCAGGAGAUAGAAAGCAGAUAGAUUCGACUCCCCCAAGCAGAAUCAAUAUUUCAGAUACAGUUAAAAGUGAAGAUCCUGUUAAAGACCGUUUCUCAUCUAGCAAUCUCCAGUUUACCAAAACCAGUGAAUCAAUCCAGUCUUUGCCUUGCUUGAAUAGACUUUUAGAGGGAGAAGCAGAUGUAACUUCAGUUCAGUGUCCAGAUUCUCAAAGUUUGGUGGCGAAGGAUACUAAUGAAAGUGCUCCUGAAGCCAUGGAUAUGGAUAAAAUUAAAACGCAGAGUAAGGAGAGAGACAUGGACAGUUUUAUUAUGGAGGACUCUAAACCAAUAGAAAACAAAGAAACAAAAUCAUGUAGUAUCCUAGAGGACGAUGCAAAAUGUUUAGAGCAAACAAAUACAGAGUCUCAAUGUGAAAAUGUUAUUCAGCCAAUGGUAACUGAAAGCAGCUGUGAAGGAGAUGCUUCAUCUUCUACCAAGAUAGGAAAGGAACCAUUAACACCUGAAAAACAGGACUAUGAUUCUGUAGAAGCUUGUAGCUUAGAAGAUCAUCCCAGGCUGGUUUCUCUGCAACCAAAUGAUGUAAAAGAAAGUCCACUGAAAAACAGUGAAGGUGCAUCUGGACCCAAAAUUGCAUUAAAUCCUAAACAGACCCUUUUAGGCCUAAAAUCACUACAUAGUGAGCUCAUUUCAGAAAAGGCAUUUGAAGCCCAAAUUCCUGACAUGAUUGGAGAAAAUAUUACUGAUGAGGUGGUGAAGACGAAAAUCACUGAGACAAAUGGUGAAAAGCAAGAUGAAGAGAAAUUUAUCCCGCCAAGUUCCAUAAACAAAUGCUUUGAUCAGAUUAAAAGUAUUGCUGACAAAAAUAAUAAUAAACAUGGAGAAUUGGAUACCCAAACAGAAAAAGAAAAGCCGGCAGCAUUUCAGAUUAAUGGAAAAGACACUGAUUUUAAAGUAUUACCUAAUGAAGAGUGUUUAAAACGAGAGACCCUUGCACAAACAGAGAGCAGUAUUGACUCUACAGUCAAUAAUAUUAAUAAAAGCAGUACUCUAGUUAAACCAUUUUCUUCUAAUGAAUCGGUAAAACCAUUUAUGAAUGGUGAUAUCGCAGUGGAAGAUACAAAUGAUAAUUUGGUCAGUGACUUGUGUGUACAGAGUUCUGUGGAUACUGAUGGUGAUUCAAGAGAGAAUGAUUUACCUCAAGAUAAUAUGUCUCAGUCUAAUCAAAAUACUGGAAGAAAGCAGUGUUCUGAAAAAUCUAGUCUUGUGGAUGAUACAGCCAUCCCAGCUCUACAUUCCUGCAAUGAGAACAACUUAUAUAGUGAAACAGAAUGCAUGGAAAUUGAAUCGUCUUGUGUUAAGAAAGCUGCCCCAUCACCCGUAAUUUCAUGUGAGGAUUCUAGCUUGAGUAAUGACUUUGCUGAUCAGAAUGGAUUACAAAUGAACAACAAAACUGAAAACAUAAAUGGAGAAAAUGCAGUAAAAAAAGCUGUUGUUACAGAAGUGACCACCACAUCAACUGUUUCUACAGAAUGCAAAACUAUUUAUAAAGUAUCAGAGUUAUCAGCCAUGAAGGAAAACAAAGAAAGUGUGGUGUCAUCUACUGAAAACUGUUCCGUAUCCACUGUAACUACCACCACUACCACUGUAACAAAGCUUACCACUCCCACUACAGAUAGCAAUACUGAUGUCAUUUCUGUAAAGGAGCAUAGUAAAACUGUGGUUACAACAACAGUGACUGAUUGCUUGACUACUGCAGGAGGAACAUUAGUGACUUCUAUGACAGUCAGCAAGGAAUAUUCUACACGGGACAAAGUGAAGCUAAUGAAAUUUUCAAGGCCCAAAAAAACUCGCUCUGGAACAGCCUUGCCAUCUUACCGGAAGUUUGUUACCAAAAGCAGUAAAAAGAGCAUAUUUGUUUUGCCCAAUGAUGACUUGAGGAAGCUAGCAAGAAAAGGAGGGAUCAGAGAGGUUCCCUGUUUCAACUAUACGGCUAAGCCUGCUUUGGAUAUUUGGCCAUAUCCAUCCCCAAGACCAACUUUUGGUAUCACUUGGAGAUAUCGACUUCAAACCGUAAAAUCUUUGGCAGGAGUUAGCCUUAUGUUGAGGUUACUCUGGGCAUGUCUAAAGUGGGAUGAUAUGGCUUCCAAACCCCCACCUGGUGGAGGAACUACACGCACAGAAACAUCAGAAACAGAAAUUACAACAACUGAAAUUAUCAAGAGAAGAGAUGUUGGACCAUACGGAAUUCGAUCAGAAUACUGUAUACGAAAAAUUAUUUGUCCUAUUGGUGUUCCAGAGGCUCCAAAAGAAACUCCUACACCUCAAAGGAAAGGUCUUCGAUCAAGUGCACUGAGACCUAAAAGGCCAGAAACUCCAAAACAAACAGGCCCAGUUAUAAUUGAAACCUGGGUAGCAGAGGAGGAAUUGGAAUUAUGGGAGAUAAAAGCAUUUUCUGAAAGAGUGGAGAAGGAAAAGGCACAAGCGGUUGAGCAACAGGCUAAGGUUAGUGAACAGAAGAAGGCUGAGGAAUUCAAGGCCCAAAUGGAGGCUCAACUAAAACAACAGCGGUUGGCUGCCCAGCAGAAACGGCUAGAACAACAGAAACAGUUGCCUGCAGUAUGUGGUGCCACUACAGCUACAACUACUAGCAGUACUGCAACCACAGUUUCCACUCCUCAGAAAGUUAUGGUUGGUCCAUUACCACGCUCUGUGCCCAGUGGAGCCAAAGUGGUACUUGCUACGAAAAUGGGAUCUCCAGCUACAGUAACAUUCCAGCAGAACAAGAACUUCCAUCAGACUUUUGCAACAUGGGUUAAACAAGGCCAGUCUUCAGCAGCCACGGGUACAACGGCUACAUCAGCAACAACCAUUUCCAGCAGUGGUCAGACUUUCCAGAUUGCAAGCAGUCCAGUAACUAUGGCAGGCAAAGUGAUAACAAAGCUGCCUCUACCAGCAAAUAGCAAGAUAGUUGCUGUUAAUGUACCAGCCACUCAAGGAGGUGUAGUUCAAGUACAGCAGAAAGUGUUGGGUAUCAUUCCAUCAACUACUGGAGCAAGCCAACAAACAUUUACUUCAUUCCAGCCAAGGGCAGCAACUGUAACUAUUAGGUCAAAUAAUACAGGGGCUGUAUGUACAACAAGUGCUUCACAAGUAAUGGCAGGGGCACCUCUCCGGCCUGGGAUGACGGUCAUAAGGGCGCCACUUCAGCAGUCAACAUUAGGAAAGACCAUCAUUCGGACACCUGUAGUGGUACAGCAAGGUAUUCUUCCAGCUAGCCAGACCCAGCAAGUAGUGACCCAGAUAAUCAGAGGUCAGCCGGUUUCAACAGCCGUGACUAGUGCUACCACAGUUUCUACAAGUCAAAAAGUAGCGACUACUCCAGGAGCACCGUUGCAGCACAUGCAGCCACAAGCCACACCACCACACCCUCCUCGUCCUCAGCAGGGUCAGGUGAAACUUACAAUGGCACAGCUCACACAGCUCACACAAGGACAGGGUGGCAGUCAGGGUUUGACUGUGGUAAUUCAGGGGCAAGGUCAAACAACUGGCCAGUUGCAGUUGAUCCCACAGGGUGUAACAGUAAUACCAGGACCAGGACAACAGCUAAUGCAAGCAGCUAUGCCAAAUGGUACAAUUCAACGAUUUCUUUUCACCCCACUACCAGCAGCAGCUACUGCAGCUAGCGCUACUACUACUACAGUUUCCACCUCAACAUCAGCUGCAGGAGAACAGAAGCAAACUUCUCUAGCACAGACGCAAACACAGCCAGUGCUGGCGCUUCCACCUCCUGAACCCCAGCCGCCUCAGAGUCAGCUCCAAGCCCAGCCACAAGGGCAACCCCAGAGUAUUCAGCCUCAGCCUCCAGCUCAGUUACAACCUUCUCAGUCUCCGCUUCAGGCUGAAGCACAGACACCCGCUGAUGCUCAGACUCCAGCUUCACUUCCAUAUCCAGUUAUCUCUGAAGCACAACCACCAAUACUGCAAUCAACUGUAACUCCAGCCGUUGCUCAAACUCCAGCCCAGAACCUUGCGCAAGGGCAGCCUUCAGCUCAAGUUCAACACCAGUCCCAGACAGGUGUACAUCCACAGACUCCACCCAAAGUUCCAACUGUUCAGCCAGCUCAGGUUCAAACCACAGUCCCACAGCAGGUACCGGUGCAGCCGCAUCCUUCGAUCCAAAUGCAGACUCCACAGCCCCAGGUUCCACCUUCAGUUCAGACUUUGCCAACUGCACAAAAUGUAAAUCAGGUUACUGUGCAAUCUCCACGUCCUCAGCUGCAAAUUCAGCCACCGCAGACUAAAGUUAUUACGGUACCACAGCUUCAGCAGCAAGUCCAAGUGUUUUCCCAGCUUCAGUCCCAUGUUGUGGCUCAGAUACAGGCCCAGCAAGGUGGUCUGCCUCAACAGAUUAAGCUUCAGUUGCCUAUUCAGAUUCAGCAAGCUGGCCCAGUGCAAGCUCAUCAGAUCCAGAACGUGGUAACUGUUCAAGCAGCCAGUGUUCAAGAGCAACUGCAAAGGGUUCAGCAGCUUAGAGAGCAGCAGCAAAAGAAAAAACAGCAGCAUAUUGAAAUUAAACGUGAACACUCCCUUCAGGCUUCUAAUCAGAGUGACAUUAUCCAGAAACAGGUGGUAAUGAAACACAAUGCUGUGAUAGAGCACUUAAAACAGAAAAAGACGUUGACCCCUGCUGAACGUGAAGAGAAUCAACGAAUGAUAGUGUGCAACCAAGUAAUGAAAUAUAUUCUGGAUAAGAUAGAUAAAGAAGAAAAGCAGGCGGCUAAAAAGCGAAAGCGAGAAGAGAGCGUGGAACAAAAGCGUAGUAAACAGAAUGCAACCAAACUCUCAGCUCUGCUUUUCAAACAUAAAGAGCAACUUAAAGCUGAAAUACUGAAGAAAAGAGCACUUCUGGACAAAGAUCUACAAAUUGAAGUGCAGGAAGAGCUAAAGAAAGACUUGGCUAAAAUUAAGAGAGAAAAAGAAAGGGCACAGGCAGCUGCUGCAGCUGCAGCUGCUGCAGCAGCAGCAGCACCACCUGUGCUGCCACCGCCGCUACCACCACCACCACCACCACCACCACACAGUACCAGUGUUGCAUCAACAACCACAAUCACGACAUUUGUUUCAUCCCAUAAGAGAAAACGAGAGGAAGAGAAGGAAUCCUCAUGUUCUAAAUCCAAGAAAAAGAAAAUGAUAUCUACUACCUCAAAGGAAACCAAGAAGGACACCAAGCUUUACUGCAUCUGCAAGACACCUUAUGAUGAAUCUAAGUUCUAUAUUGGCUGUGAUCUUUGUACUAACUGGUAUCAUGGAGAAUGUGUUGGCAUCACAGAAAAGGAGGCUAAGAAAAUGGAUGUGUACAUCUGUAAUGAGUGUAAACGGGCACAAGAGGGCAGCAGUGAGGAAUUGUACUGUAUCUGCAGAACACCUUAUGAUGAGUCACAAUUUUAUAUUGGCUGUGACCGAUGUCAGAAUUGGUAUCAUGGGCGCUGCGUUGGUAUUUUGCAAAGUGAGGCAGAUCUCAUUGAUGAGUAUGUCUGUCCGCAGUGUCAGUCAACUGAAGAUGCCAUGACAGUACUCAGUCCCUUGACUGAUAAAGAUUAUGAGGGUCUGAAAAGAGUGCUACGGUCGUUACAGGCACACAAGAUGGCAUGGCCAUUCCUAGAACCAGUAGAUCCCAAUGAUGCUCCAGACUAUUAUGGCGUUAUAAAAGAACCAAUGGACCUUUCUACCAUGGAGGAAAGAAUACUGAAACGUUACUACAAAAAGGUGACCGAGUUUGUAGCCGACAUGACCAAAAUUUUUGAUAACUGUCGUUACUACAAUCCAAGUGACUCUCCUUUUUAUCAGUGUGCUGAGGUUCUUGAAUCAUUCUUUGUACAGAAACUAAAAGGAUUCAAAGCAAGCAGAUUGUGAUAACUUUAGUCUGACCUUUCUAACUGGAAUCAGAACUGGAUGUUUUGCUUAUUUUUUCAUUGUACCAUGUCAUUAAAUCUCUUUUUUUUUUAAAUCCAUACUUGCUGUUUACUUUUAAGCUAUGCUUUAAUGUGGAAGCAGUUGUUUGCUAGCAGCUAUGUUGGAAAAUGAAAUGAUCAAUUUUUUGAAUACUAUGUCAAAAUGAAGUCCAAUAACAGUAAUGGAAGCUAUGUAAUACCAGUUAUUUCUUUUAAUAAAAACUUCCAAAAAAGAAUUUGAUGAAUUCUAACAAAAAUGUGAUAUUUUUAAUUUACAUUCUACCAAUAAAUAUACAUUUAUCUAACCACUUCCCAAAGAAAUGUAAAUUGGGCACAUAUAUGUACCUCCCUCUAUUAUGUGACCUUUCUGGAUUUUUUGAUAUUUCAGUUGAACAUCAUAUUUUUAUACAGACCUGAACACUGUGUAGCUAAAGGUUACCUGUAUAUGGUGUUUGCCUACAAAAGAUGAUCAGGAACAGCAGCAUGGCUGCCUUCCCAGCUGAGUGGCAGGCCCUUGGCAUCCACUUAAAGCAGCUGAGAUCUCUUAAAUGAAGGGUGCUUAAUUGUUCCCCUUUUCUGCAUUCUGCAGGUCUCAUAACAACAAACUGCAGUCUACAGCUUCUUAAAGUUCCACGUGUUGCCCUAACACAAACAGCAAGAAUCUGGUUGUCUGAAUUUUUUUUAAUUGGAAAGCCAGAGGUUUUUAGUCAGGGCGUCCUGACAACUCUUGAUGUAAACUGCAUUUUUAUCAGUCACAUCACAUUAUAUUCUUGGCUAAUUUUGUCCAAAGGACAAAAGAAUGAAAUUCAGCAGCAUCGUUUUCUUGUCAAGAUCAGAUUUUGCUAUUGUGACAGAAACAGGAAAACGUUUUGUUAAAGGACAAGAAAGAAAACAAGCAAGAGAAAACAAGAUACAGUAAAAUGGGGUCAAGUUCUAACUCCAUGGAAAUGCCACAUCUGUUCUUCAGUGAAGAAGCUGGUUUAAAGUCCACAUAGAGAAGUUUUGACUGUAUUUAUUUAUUGUUGCAAAAGGACGCUUUUUUAUUGCUGCCUUCAUUUGUCAGCUAUUUUUUUUCUUAUAAACUCCAGCCCUGGUUGUAUGUAACCCAUUCUGUAUCUUACCAUGGUUCCUGUAGGUAAAAGUACACAAUGACCUCUAGAUGUCUUUUCUUUCUAUGAAAGGAGCUGCUAUGUACACAUGUGCACAAACAAACUGGGAAUCAACAACAAUGAGUUUAUCGUUCAUGGUAGAUGAAAACAAUUAAGCUUGCAUAAAAGUUGGGCUAAGUGGUCAUGGACUACAGACUUUGUUGCCUUGAAUUAUAACAGUACAAUUUGUCUAUUUACUCUGCUACGGACUGAUAUGAGUAAAAUCUAUUUGAAGGUAUCUUGUUUGUAAACAUUUGUCAGAUUCUAAUUUUUUUCUUUUUGUAUUAAAAAAUUCAAAAUAUGGAUGUAUAUGAAACAAAAUAAAUGGAGAUCAUUGUUCUCUCCACAGAUGUAGGUGUCCUUUGAAUGUUCACUAACAUGUUUGUGAGGUUUGUUCUGAAGUGUAACAAUUCUAAGAUAGUAUGGAAGGGAAAAGUAGGAAGGGGAAAGAAUGAACAAACCCUCAAGCAUGAUUCAUUCUACUUAUGUUUAAUCAAAUAUAAUAAAAUUCUGCUGUGGUGCCACAACUUUUGCAUUGAUGAUAAAGGAGUUGUGUGAGAAUUAUCAUUGCCCAUUGCUAAAUGAGAUAGUGUUGAGCAAAUGAUUGUGUAGGGAUAAAUAAUGGUCUCAAAGCUGUAUUAAAUUUUUGUGGCUUCUCUACUAGGAAAGAUAUGUUAAAAAGCUAAAAGGAGCCAACAGAAAGAGAGGUUUUACCGUUUUUUAAAUUGCUCUCCAGCCAAUCACGUCUGCUGCUGAUGACAGUUUUAUAUGUAUAUUAUAAACCAGCAGAAGUUCUUGGUCGCUCAACACCUGUGUUAACUAGAUAUUGCACUAAUUCACAAUUUUGCCCUUCUGUGAUCUGGAAUUUAUCUGACUAUGGAUAAGCUUUCCUUGGGUUUAACUUCACCCUGCUAUGCAAGAACCUUUUCUGUUACUUUCUUAGACAUUACUAUCAACCGCAGUUUUCUUACUAAGUACAGGCUCAGGUGUACAGAUACAUUGGGGUCAAUUUUCUCUACAAAAGCUUACGCUUUUGUAUAUAGAUGCUGUCAUUUUAACCAAUGUGAAAUCAAAAGGAAGUUAAUUGUUAAUUGUGAGAAGAGCAUCCAUUUAUGCUUCUUAGAAAAUAGGAAAAAAGUAUUUGUGUUUUAGGCUAUGUUGUCUUAGGACUUUUUACAAAAAUAUGCUACAUAUUGUAUGCAUUAUGUUUAUAAAAGAAGGAACAUUUUCAUCCUUAAUCCUACAGAUAUAGUCUCUUCACAAUAUUUCUGUAUUAUUCGUACAUAUGACUGACAUUGAAAAAAACAUGUUGAGAAAUGAACUUUCUUACUUUGUAGGCAAUAGAGCACUGUUUUUAACAAAUUGUGACAAACUGAAGAAUAACUUUUUUGUACAUAAUAACACAUUUCAUCUUAGACAAAUAAAGUAAUGUUGUUGGACAUCCAAUUUGGUGGAAUUCCUAAUGAAACAUCAGUUGUUUAAAAUAACAUAUGUAGCACUUGACAUUGCCAUACUGUGCAGUAAUUCUUGGGAAUUUUUCAUAUAAAUAAUUAUGAAAUGAGGAAAAUGCUACUUUCAUACACUUUUUACCAAGCUUCAUCAUUUUUCCUACUGCUUUGUAAUAUAUGAAGACAAUUCUUAGCUGUAACUACUAUGGUAAUUUUUAGUUUUUUUGAAAA